AUGAUUUCCGGUUGGACAAAGAAGCUUGGCGAAUUAGCUGGGUUUGGCGUUGUUGUGAUCUUGUAUACGCUCCGUUACAACGCAGGAAACGAGUUUGACCAAUGCUCGAAUAUCAGCGAUGGACUUCGCAACCUUAUGCUUCAACACGCCAACUCUAGGACUUUCGAGAAGCAUUACCUCGGCCGUGUCGUACCUGUGGAUACUAUGGCUGUUGUAAGCCAUAAAGAGCAGCAAAAAGCGCUGAUGCGUCAAGCCUGCAGUAUCGGGUACUCAGCCAGCAAGCGACGGCCUACCCAUCUCACUGCUGAGCAGUCUGCGAGCAUUAAUGAUGAUCCCAAGAUUCAGGAUCUCUUUCGACAACGAGAAUACCUACUUUCUAAAGGCAACAAGUCCGAUAAAGUUCGCACACGUCUAAGGAAGAUUACUAAGGAUAUUCAAAGCGAGAAGGCUCGCCUACGCCGAAAACGCAAAGAGCAAGUCAGAAAAGCUUGGACCCGGGAACAGGCUGUAACCGAUAUAGAGAGACAACUAGCUGGCAAGACAUUUGAGGAGCCACCACCCUCGCCAUCGGAUGGCAAUGCUCAUCCAGUCCAGAAACGCCUAUACGAAGCUUUAACAGCCCCAGCGACCAACACAGUUGAGUCCGAAUAUCAUCGCCGUAAUAAUGCAAUUCUCGCCGUCAUGUCUUACUGUUCCGUCCAAGAGCCACCCCUACCUCCUAUGACAAGAUACAAAGCGGUUGCUACUAAGAAAGAUGUCUCCAAUCUCCGCGAUGGCACUGCUAGGGAUACUGCAAGUAGCGCCUUGGGUGAUGCAAUAACUUCAGUCUUCGUCAAAAGCCGGAUGGAGCGAAGUAAAAGAUGCUUUCUUUGUGUUGGUCGGGCCACCACUCUUCAACCUUCCGAUCCAGCUAUCCAUGGGCUAAUCAAGCUUUCUAUUCACCGGGGGACUUGA